UUACAGUUCCAGUGAGAAAACGAAGCGCCUUUCGUGACGCGCGCGGUUUGUCCCUUUUCGUCACCCGUACGCGGUUCCAUUUCCGGAAAGUUUUUCACUACAAUGGCGGCUGUGCAGCACCGCGGCGAAGGGCCUCGGGCUGGAGCAGGAGCGGAGGAGAAGGCAAACGGUGGGAAAAGUAACACUGUCUCUAACAGCCCUGGAGGAGGAGAAGGAGGAGGAGGAGGUCUGGGGAAACGGCCAGCCACCAAGGACGAGCUCCAGAACCAGCCGGCGCCUCCCAAAAUCCCCAAACCGGGCGUCAGUAGCGCUAAGAAACCUGCUCCUAUUUCCAUCAAGCUAGGAGCUAGCAAACCGAAGGAAGUGGCGCCCAUUUUACCCUCCAAAAAACCUGCAUCUGUUUUCGAUGACGAUGACGACAGUGAACCAGAGGAGAUGCCUCCAGAAGCGAAGAUGAGGAUGAAGAACAUUGGAAGGGACACCCCGACUUCGGCAGGCCCCAACUCAUUCAACAAAGGCAAGCAAGGAUUCUCCGACCACCAGAAGCUCUGGGAGAGGAAGAUGAAAGCGCAGACCGACCAAUAACUCCUGCCGUUAUAACUCUACUUUCAGUCCUUUUUUUUGUCCCUUGUUUUUUCGACAGACUUUUGUAAAAUAUACAUGUACAUACGUGAUGAGACUUUCCCACUUUCCCACUCUGACGCCUCUUUUUAUUGUGUAUGAUUGUUUUUGUUUUUUACCACCGAAUCAUAGCCUUUCAUUAAUUUAUGUGGAUGGCGUUGACAGUGAUUCAUAUUUUCCUGCAGAUGUACCACAGUUAGCAUAUUUGAUAAAUUGUAGUACCAAAUACUGAUCAGACAGACAUUAUUAGCAAUAAGGAAAAAGAUUAUAAUACGUAGAGUUCCUGAUGCUGAUAAAAUGUGUGGCGUCACUAAAAUAUACGGAGUAAGUAUACGUUUUCUCUAUGUUGUGUGAUGGUUUCUUUGGGAAAGAGGAUUAAAUCUAACUGAUGAAACAA